UGAUAAAAUAGUUAAAUGGUAUCAUUAGAAGCGAAACGCGAACAAUACAAGUACUAUCGUUCGUGCAUAAAAGUAGUUAAUUUGGUCAAAGUCUUGUUAACGGCGCUUUUUGUACAUAGACAGGCAUAUAGUAAAAUGAAAUCGAACGUAACGGUAUUCGUGUUAGCCAUUUUAGUUGGUGUCGUUCAGAAUACGCGCGCAGCCAAUGACGACCAAAAACUAAAGAGAUGCCAGGAGAAAUUUAUGGAACAGGCGAGCAAAAUCGAAUUCAACAAACUGCCUAGUUGUUUUGACGGACGUAAAGUGCAAGAAGCAAAAGAACACGCGAAAAUUUUCUCGGUUUAUUAUAAUACGCUGCCAGACGAAUGCAAGAAACCCACUCCGGAGAAAAUCAAAGGAUGUUUGGAAUUAACCAACGGUUUCUUCAAAUCGAACAGUAACCAGAUAAAGUCGGGUGUCGUUGGUGCCAUCAGCGCCCUCUUUGAAGGCGUUAGGGGUUGUUUCAAAACAUUGACUACCCAGUUUAAUGGUUUGGACGACUAUAUUUUGAAGGGAUGCCCGGAUAAUUACCAGGGUUGAACGAUUAACGUGAAUCGGAAUUAAUUGUUGUUUGGAAUAUUUAUUUCUGUUCAAAAAAAUGUCGGAUAAUUGCAAGCAAAUAAAUUCUUGAUGGUA